AUGGUUGUUGGAUCUCAGGGAUUGAAUAAUGUGAUUCUUCAUCAUACUGCUUCUUCUCAUCAUAAUGCUACUAUUUCUAUACCUGGUUGCUUUGAGAUUCUCUCUUUCUCCGGUAGUUUUAUCCAUCCCCCGGCAUCAACUAAGCCUUCGUCAUCGCCGCUUUUUAGUAUUUCUCUUGCUGGAGGACAAGGUCAAGUUAUAGGAGGUAUUAUUGCUGGUCCACUUAUUGCUGCCUCUUCUGUCUUUUUAAUGGCUGCUUCUUUUGUGAACCCAGCUUUUUUUAGGCUCCCAUCAAGUCAGAAUAAUGAAGAUCAUGAUCAUCAAGAUAAGGAAGAGAUCAAUGUUAAACCUAAGAUUGAUCCUACUACUGGUGCACUUUUGAGUGGUGGUGAAUCUGUUUACAGUGUUUCAACAACUCAUCAACAUCCUAGUAUGAGUCAAUUAUAA